CGCAUCUCCGUCGCGCUUUAUCCCCGUUGUUAUCAGGACGCUGGGUGUUUCGUGGAAUAUAAACCUCAAUUUCUAUCCCCACGAUUUAUUCUACAGUACUAUACCUAUCGCAAAACAUCCAGUGUAUGGAGAUGUUCGGGCUCCGACCGCUGAGCCAUAUUUGAGUCGGGUUGGUCCUGCUCAGCCACCACCUUUAGAACGUCACUGGAUCGUGAUUGCACAAUGGAGGACAAACGUAAGAAGCGCAGCCCCAAGGUCUCGCUCCCACAGCCGCCUCCUCCGCCCAUCAACCCCCGGAAGUUGCCUGCUCUCCCCGCCAGUAAGAGUGCCACCUUCUCGCUUGGCCUGCCGCAGCCCCCGUCUCCCAAGAACAGAGGGAAGUAUAAGCGGUCCAUUGGUGCUCCAGGACAACCCAAAGAAGUGUUCGCCACUGUUGUUGCGCCACCAAAGAUCACCAGGUUUAGUCACUCUCUAUGUUUCAGGCCUCACAAAGAGAAGCCAAAGGCCCCUCAGCCGGCAGGACCCAGUAAGGUGGUCCAGUCGUCCCCCCUGCAGCACUCUUUCCUCACAGACGUGUCUGAUGUGAGAGAGAUGGAAGGGGGGCUCCUCAACCUCCUCAAUGACUUCCACUCGGGCAAACUGCAGGCAUUCGGUAAAGUUUGCUCCUUUGAGCAGCUGGAGCACGUGAGGGAGAUGCAAGAGAAGCUGGCCAGACUUCACUUCAGCCUGGACAGUCAUGUGGAGGAGCUUUCUGAGGACCAGAGGAAGUGUGCUUCUGACCAUAACCUGGAGCACCUGCUUUGCAACCUGGAGGAGCUCAGCACAUCCAUACAAAAGCUCCACCUGGCUGAGAAUCAGGAUCUGCCCAAGACAUCUGGCCCCUGAUGAAGCACGGCGACGUGGAGACCUGCACACUCCUUGUGGUUGCCAUAGCGAUGAUCCUCCUGCCUUAACUGGAACCAAGACGCAAAUGUCAGAACGGGUUAAAGCAGCUCAGUCCUAAUUCUGAGCGCAAGGUGUCCCUUAUAUUCAGAUAAAUACACAUGGAAGGUAGAGCACAGCACCUGGACUUGCUUUUGCAUCUUAGUUGUUAUUUAUUCUUGUGGCUUUAUGUUAUACCAAAGCCUGUGAGCAUUGCUGUUUCCUAAAGGUUACACAACUGUGGCAAUUUGACAGAAUCCAGAAGCUAGAUACUGUAAUAUAAUAACAUAUUUUGGCCAGCGUUAAAUCAAAGCACAAUGCCGCCCACUGUGCUUUUGUUUGCUAAAAUAAAAAAGGCUCAAGUUGAAGCCAUCUGACUGAAUCUGUUCCCUUCAUUUUCAAGCUGGCAGCUACGAUCGCAGAGAAAACUGCUUUUAUACUUCGCACCUGGCUCUUUAGACCAAACAUUUCUAUCUAAUCUCAAAGCCUGCUUUUCAAAAGGAAUGCCGAUUUUGUAAAACCCAUGCUGUUUGCUACCUCGUUUUCAAGGACUGUGCCCAGAGUGCUUCUCUGCUAAUGUGCUACAAUGAAGCUUUUUAAACAGACUGCAUGUAGAGAAGCCAUUAUGCUAAACAAAUUCCAGUGUCUGUGUUGUUUAACCAUGCGAAAUGUUCAAUUCUACAUGAUGAGAAAAUGCCAUGGCAUGUACACUCGAAUAAAAAGUUCCGUAUGAAGUAAAA